UCCUCCUAGAAUAUCCUAGACCAACCCUGAAAUAUCAUUCCUUAACACCGUUCCUUCCUCGAUACAGCUUCUGGAUUCUUCUAUUCAAAUCUAUAUAAACAAAACAACCCCUGCUCCUUCUUAAUCAUCCUUCUAUCAAAAACCGCUUCUCUUUUAUUUUUCUUGCACAAAACUACAAAUUCAUCAUGCAGAUCUUCGUGAAAACCCUAACCGGCAAAACCAUUACCCUAGAGGUAGAGAGUUCCGAUACAAUCGACAACGUGAAGGCAAAAAUUCAAGACAAGGAGGGUAUUCCUCCAGACCAGCAACGAUUGAUCUUCGCCGGAAAACAAUUAGAAGACGGAAGGACACUGGCGGAUUACAAUAUCCAAAAGGAAUCAACGCUUCAUUUGGUGCUUCGACUUCGCGGCGGGAUGCAGAUUUUCGUCAAAACCCUAACCGGAAAAACCAUCACCUUGGAGGUUGAGAGUUCUGAUACUAUUGAUAACGUGAAAGCGAAGAUUCAGGAUAAAGAGGGAAUUCCACCGGAUCAACAGCGUUUGAUAUUUGCUGGUAAGCAGCUUGAGGAUGGAAGAACUCUUGCUGAUUAUAACAUUCAGAAGGAAUCUACACUUCACCUUGUUCUCAGGCUCCGUGGUGGUUAAUCUUAAUCCUAAUGUUGUUAAUAAUAUCUUUAUUAUGUAAUUCUGUUAGUUAAUGUUUCUAUUUUAAUGCUCUAACUUCUGGAUUUGUGUUUAUGCAUAAUUCUUUUAUUCUGAUUUAAUGCAUAAUUCAAACAA